AAUUCUUACACGCCUACAAGUUGCAACACCCUUCUCAGAAAUAAGAACAAUCCUUUAUAGUCUCAUUGCCUUUCUAAAAAAUGAUACCAUCGCCUAAAAUCCUCGCAGUCAUCGGAGCCACUGGCCAGCAAGGAGGAUCUGUCAUCAACUAUGUCCUCAACCAUCCAGAGCUAUCCGAGCAAUACAAGCUUCGAGCUGUGACACGCAAUCCCUCAAAACCUGAAGCCAAAGCCUUGCAGGAGCGAGGAGUUGAGGUCGUCAAGGGAGACCUUUAUGACAAAGAAUCGCUCAAGAACGCUCUCAAAGGUGCACACAGUGUCUUUGGCCUCACUACCACGUGUUUCGACGACAGUCUCUAUGCUAAAGAAAUCAUUCAAGGCAAGAAUUUAGCAGACGCAGCCGUCGAUGCAGGCCUCCAUUCUAUUAUUUUCAGCACUUUACACCACGCAGGCGAUAUCUCCGAGGGUAAAUAUCAUGAUUUAGACAUCUUCAACGUCAAGGCUGACAUCGAGAAAUAUAUUCGCUCUCUCCCCAUCAAGAGUGCCUUUUUCGCACCAAGCAUGUAUUAUCAAAACUUCUACAUGUUUUAUUUGGGUCCUCAACCCCAAGACGAUGGAACUUUUGCGAUAGUCAAUGUAGCCUCUCCUCAGAGCGUGCUUCCGCAUUUCGAUGUUGUAGGCGACACAGGCAAGUUUGUGGGUGCUAUUCUUGCAGAACCGGAAAAAUUUGAGGGUAAAAUCUUGUGUGCAGCAGCAGAGCUCCGUACAUUUGAUGAAAUAGCAGAGAUUAUCAGCAAAGCAACAGGCAAGACCGUCAAGUAUAAGCAGGUGGCGGUGGAUGCGUAUGAUAGCGCGUUGCCAGCUUCUCACAGCAAAAUCUUCGGUUACAUGAUACCCUACAUCGAGAAAUACGGUUACUUUGGUCCAGAAGAGAAGGAGCUUGUCGAAUGGUCAACCAAAAGUAUUCAUGACAGGUUGACCACGCUUGAAGAGUAUCUCCAGAAGCACCCUCUUAAUCUGUAGUGAGUCUGUGAACCAAGGAGACGGCUUCAGUUGAAAGAUCUUUGGUUUUUUUCCUUCAGAGAGAUGCAUUUUGAUCAACAGUAAAAUAAAAAUCUGUGUCACUACAUGUAAUGGGUGACCAAGGUUGUAAGAGAG